CGCAUCUUCCAGGGAAUAGGGCCUACUCCCGCCAAUCUCGUUGCUGUGCCAAAUAGGUAUUUCAUCCACAGAACUGCCCCUGAUGGAUCCAAUCCAUCCUGAUGGUCAUCAAGCUCGCCACACACGCCAGAACCCGGUAUCGUGUCGUUUGUGCCGGCUGAAGAAGCUCAAGUGUAACCGCCAACAACCUUGUUCCAACUGCUCCGCCCGUGGCGUCGGGUGUGAAUAUUUUGGGCGAAACCCUGGUUCCACAUCCACAGACUACACGAACUCCAGACAAGCGUUAUCUGCAGCAGCUGAAAGUACGGAGCUCCAAGCUCGCCUGACAAGACUUGAGGAGGCGGUGUUUGGCAAGCAGGAUGACAGACCCUCUGUUCCUACUGCAAUGGCACCAUCAACUGGUGAGGCAUUGACUACGACGGUUAGACAAGGUUUCGAUUCCAGCGAGGAGCAUGAGGUGACAUCUAGAUGGCUUGAAGGCAUUGGGACGCUUGAGAACCUGAUUUUCAGAGCGCAUGCAGUCAACAUACCAUUCAAAGUUGGCCCUAUUCACCAGUUGCACAAGAUUGUGCCAGCGGCGCGGAAUGAGGCAGAACCUCGGACACCCAGUGUUCAGCUGCCUACUAAAGAUGAGGCCAUGAGUCUGUCCCAAUACUUUCUGGACAAUGUCCAGUACCUUCAUCCCGUCUUCCAGCCUCAUUCCCUACAGCAUGUGAUAGACGCAGUGUAUGUGCACCCGAGUACACCGACUCAAAGCAAAGUGGCAAAUAUCGCGCUGCUGCUGAGCAUGCUUGCUAGUGCCAGCCAUUUGUGGAGACCACAGAGAAGCAAAUGUCUGAUCUUCUUAUCUGCAAAAGAAGCUGCUUCCAUGUCCUUGUUCUGGACCAAUGCAGCGCUGGAUAUUCUGGAGUACUCGAAGCGAACUACUAGUGCCUCGAUUGAAGAUCUCCAGGCCACGAUCGUGAUCUCCUACGUUAUCUACAAUUCUCAAGGGUUUUCUCCCAUGUUCCGUUCGCUUCAUAGCAACAUGAUCAUGAUGGCCCGGGAUCUUUCUUUACACAAGACUGAUAGUCCCCGAAGAAAAGGAGAGACAGAUCCACCGCCAUGUCAGAUUGACGCCGACGUAAAGAGAAGGCUAUGGUGGCACAUUGCUGCCACAGACUGGCUACUGGCGUUCACCCCCGGCCCGCAGGAGGGCACUUAUUCUAUUCAGCUAUCGCAGAUGCAUGUAAAUCAGCCGCAUUAUCCUGAGAGCUGCGAGAAUGUCGCGGGGGAUGCUUCACUGCUAUCUACCUCCUACUUCCUUCAACGCGUUCGGAUAGCAGAGACCUGUCGCGCGGUGAUUGACUCCCUGCCCCUCUCUAAAAUUAUUGAGAAUGCGAGCUAUGAGCGCAUUAUCCUCUUGGACGGCAAAUUCGAGGACUUGAUCAGAAGUCUCCCGGCCUUCUUUCGGCUAGACCAGGGGAGCGAAUUCUCUUAUACCGCGCCCCAGCUUACCCUCCAGCGCUAUCUGAUCCACCUCGGGAUCUAUACCAGACGCAGCAGACUUCACCAGCCUUUCGUGGUAGCGGGGCUCACCGAUCCCAAAUACACGUUUUCCAGAAAUGCUUGCCUCAAUUCCUCCCGCGCGGCUCUGCAGAUCUGCUACCAGUUGGAGGAAAAGAAGGACGACCUAGAGUUGAUCCCCGCCAGGCUCGCAACCGUGGUACACCACGUCUUCAUGGCCACUGUUGUGCUGGUGAUGGACCUCUGCUCCAACAAAGUAGAAGGUUUCGAGGAACAGCGGCAAGCCGAAGUCACCCGAGCGUGCCGGAUGCUUGACAGCUUGAAACAGGACUCCGCCAUGGCCGCGAAACUGGCCCAACCUCUCAUAGAAAUCCUGCAGAAACACAAAGAAAGACUCCAGCAAAGCCAGCCGUCGACUGUGCCUCUCACGAUGGUAGGGCCGCCUGAUGCGCACAGAAUCAGUCAAGUAUCCCGGAAUCCGUCAAGCGAUUUCCAUAGCUCUUUGCCCACCACUAUCGGCCAAUAUACAUCAGUAACGACCGCCAGCGGUGGUGGCCAGCAGCCAGCAAUCCAGUCGGAACACGAACAACAACAACAACAGCCAUAUGUCGAGGACUGGGAAUUCGAUGUCAUGAUGCAGCAAUACAUCGAUUUGGGCCAAAACAUCGAUGGGCCUUCUUGGGAUUCUCUUUUUGAUGACCUGAACUCUCACCAUAUGACGGAUGCCGGGGGCGCUGUCUUUUAUGGUUGAUUGGGAAAGCUCUUGUUUGCACGGGGAGAGGGCUGGGGAAAACCCCAGUAAAUGGCUUGUAGUCAUCAUGGUUCAAGUUCGGUGGCACACUAGUAAGAACUGGGUUUGAGUGCACUCACUCUAUCUUUGUAGAUCGACCGACAAUAUCCUUUGCUUUCUUAGUUUGGAAUCUCCAGAUCAUAAAGGGGGCAUAAGGUUCUACAUAAAUGAGAAUCUUCCAACUCAGAUAAAAAUAUGGCUUCAGAUAAUAGCACAAACGUGAUCUCUAUGUGGCUCUUAACACAUCAAUGGUUCCUGCUUCUGGGACCAUAUAUCAGUGAAUCUUUCCCAACGGAGGCGAAAUCGGCAGCGUGUCCUUC